CUCUGGGAUAUAUUGUUAGCUUCCGCAAUUAUAAUUUUGAUGAAAGUUGUUUUAGAAAUGACCUCAAACUAAUGGCAAAUUCUCGAAGUAUAUCACAUCUAUGGCUUAUAAUCAAAGACUAGAGCAUAGAUGAGACAUUGCAGUCUGUGUAGAUGUAACAUCAAGGAGUAAAAUGGUGUUCUUCAACGGUUCUUUGAAGAUCAAAGUAUGCGAAGCUUCGGAUCUGAAACCGACCGAUUUUGCGACCAGACAUAUGGUUGGGAGCUUCAAGAAUAUUCAGUCAAUGCAACUGAUAGAUCCUUAUGUAGCAUUCGACAUAGAUGAGGUCGCUAUAGCAAGAUCAACGUCUAAACAAAAGACUUUCAAGCCAAUCUGGAACGAAGAGUUUGAAACAGAGGUGCACAAUGGCCAAAUAAUUGGACUUACAAUUUUUCAUGAUGCAGCCAUUCCACCUGAUGAAUUUGUAGCUAAUUGUUUAAUACCCUUUGAUGCUGUGCAUGAUAAAACACAAUCAGAUGUCUGGGUUGAUCUAGAACCAGGUGGAAGAAUUCAUGUAUUAUUGGAGCUACAUGGAUCUGCAUCGGAAGAUGCUGUGGUGCGGGUGGAGCAGAACAGCUCCAAGGAGCCGAGGGUGUUCAAGGAGAAGGAAGGGCUGCUCAAUAGACGUAGGGGUGCUAUGAGACGGCGUGUUCACCAAGUGAAUAAUCACAAAUUUAUGGUCACCUUCUUCAGACAACCAACAUUUUGUUCCCUUUGUAGGGAUUUUAUAUGGGGUCUAUGGCGCCAAGGGUAUCAGUGUCAAGUAUGUACGUGUGUAGUCCAUAAACGAUGUCAUGAGCAUGUGGUGACAAAGUGCCCUGGUAUCAAGGACAUGUCACAAGAAGAGCUGGGUGAUGCAAGGUUUAACAUAAACAUGCCGCACAGGUUCCAAGUGCACAAUUAUAAGCGCUUCACAUUCUGUGACCAUUGUGGCUCUCUCUUAUAUGGGCUUAUCAAGCAGGGUUUACAAUGCGAAGUAUGUAAACUGAAUGUACACAAGAGAUGUCAGAAGAAUGUGGCCAACAACUGUGGAAUCAACACUAAAGAUAUGGCUCAGAGACUUAUGGAGCUCGGGAUCUCAGGCGACAAGCUUAGUGUGCGCAGGAAAAAGACUUCAAUAAGUGAGUCCGCUAACUCCCCUAUGUUGAAGGGUCCCCAUGCACACGAGCGGUCAAUGUCAUCCCCUAUACCUACCAUUAUAGAUGAAGAAGAAGAAGGUGAGGGAGGUCAACUAGUCAUGCCACGGUCAGAUGGUGAACACACACCAAAUAGAAGCCCCUCCGCUGAAAGAGAAUCUCAGAAAGAUCGAAUCAGUUUAGCAGAUUUUAACUUUAUUAAGGUCUUAGGGAAAGGAAGCUUUGGCAAGGUAAUGUUGGUAGAACACAAGGCCAGUGAGGAGGUCUAUGCUAUAAAGGUCCUCAAAAAAGAUGUAAUAAUACAAGAUGAUGAUGUUGAAUGUACAAUGACUGAGAAACGAAUUCUAGCCUUGUCGGCCAAACACCCUUUCCUAACUGCCCUUCAUUCUAGCUUCCAAACCAAGGAUCGACUUUUCUUUGUUAUGGAAUAUGUUAAUGGUGGAGAUUUGAUGUUCCAAAUUCAACGCUCCAGAAAAUUCGAUGAACCCCGGGCACGAUUUUAUGCUGCAGAAGUCACAUUAGCUUUGAUGUUUCUACAUCGGCAUGGUAUUAUAUACAGGGAUCUUAAGUUAGACAAUAUUCUCCUUGAUGCUGAGGGCCAUUGUAAGAUAGCAGACUUUGGUAUGUGUAAAGAGGGGAUGUUCCCUGGGAAGAUGACAUUAACCUUUUGUGGGACCCCUGACUACAUAGCCCCAGAGAUUCUUCAAGAGUUAGAAUAUGAUGCCUCAGUUGACUGGUGGGCCUUGGGUGUCCUCAUGUACGAAAUGAUGGCCGGACAGCCUCCUUUUGAAGCAGAUAACGAAGAUGAAUUAUUCGAGUCAAUACUUCACGAUGAUGUGCUGUAUCCUGUGUGGCUCAGUAAAACUGCAGUGGCCAUCUUAAAAGGGUUUAUGACAAAGAACCCUGGCAAGCGGUUAGGCUGUGUGAAAAACCAUGGUGGCGAGAGAGCCAUAUUAAUUCACCCUUUCUUCCAUGAAAAGAUAGACUGGGAAGCCUUAGAAGAAAGAAAAGUAAAACCACCAUUUAAGCCAAAAAUUAAAUCCAAGACAGAUGCCAACAACUUUGAUAAAGAUUUCACGUCGGAGGAGCCGACUUUGACGCCAAUCGAUGGGGAGAUAAUAAAAGCUAUCAACCAGGAAGAGUUCAAGGGUUUCUCCAUGGUCAAUCCAGAAUUCGGCAGAAUCUCGAAUCUCCCCACAGGCUGCUCAUGACACCAGCCUAGUCAUUGUUAACUUAACUACACAUACACACUAACUUAACUUAUUUCAUAUCAAUCACAGGAGGACACCUGCUCAAUGCAGCAAUUAUGUUGCUCGAGUUGACUCACCUGAUGGCCACAUCAUUAAAGACUGUAAUGCUCGAUCAGUCAGACCUUUUUCAAGUACGCAGAUUUGUAUUAUAGAAAUCUAGCGUAGCCUCGUUUUGGAUAUCUAUGCAUUUUGAUAUGGGGUUGCUAUGUGUAUUGACUGGUGUCAUGUGUGUCACUCGGUCUCCAUAGCAACCUCCAGAAGUCUUGCCAAUGAGCAAGCCUUCUGGUUUCAUCAAUAAAUUCAGCAGUCUUUCUAUGAUAUGGUUGCCAGGUGAUGGGGCUUCAGAGAGCAUACCUCUUUCAUUUAAUAUAUACACAUAGGGUAUAUAUGCCUCAUUAUAAUCAGUGUUGUAGUUUCCAAGCAACAUGUUGUCUAGACAACUCUACUGAAGUUGCUAGGUAACUGUCCAAGUUGCUAGGUAACUAAGUCAAGGUUCUUCAGAAUCCUUGUCAGAUUCGCUAGACAAUUAUCAGGGUUGAUAGGGAGCUGUGCCAGUGUUGCUAGGUAACUAGGACAAGGUUUCCAGGCAACUACUACAAAUUGCAGGAUACUCUGCCAUAGUUGCUAAGCAGUGCAUCAGUUUGCUAGGCAACUUAUCAGGGUUGUGCAGAAUGACCUGCACCAGGAUGACGCAAGUGAUAAACUUUAAUAAAGAUUCAGCAGCUGUACAUAUUAUCAGAAUUACUGUAUUAUAACAUUGCACCGUACAAACUAAUGAAUCAAAAUGUAAAUUAUACAAUGUACAACUAGAAGUGAAAUUUGCAGUGUAGCCUCCCUGUUACUAUGGCAACUGGCAUGUUGUUGCUAGACAACUGGCUUGUUGUGUGUCUCUAGUCAUAAUACAUAAUAUAAUUGCAAGUUCUUACACCAUGCUCAUUAAUAGGCACUAUAGACUUGCUUCUGGACCUGUGGCGCCAAUGAUUUAACUUGAGUAUGAUAGAGUUCAAGACAAAAUGUACCCUGUAUCCCAAGGACAUUUGAGCACUUUCAAUUUUUGAUAGUCAGUCUUGACCUGUAUUAUACUUGUAAAUCUUAAAUGUAAAAAUGUUACAUACAGGAAUUGAAAUCACAAAGUAGAUUUCCUAACUAAGUUCUAACGUGUUUGGUUAUUGUUAUUUCUAUGGUAACACUACGGUUUGUGUUGACUAUUGAUGAUAACACUGAA